AUGACGACUUCGCUGGUUCUGCAUCCACGCUGGGCGGACACCUUGAUGUACGUUUAUGAAAAAAGCCCGAAUGAAAAUAACCAGAAUAAAAACCAAACAAUGGAGGGACUGAGCGGGAAUUGCCCUGCUACUCAUUGCAGGGACCUGAUGUCGCACCCCGCCUUGGGGCGACACUCUGGCACCAUAGCGACCCACCAAGGCUCUGUAUACUCGGAUAUUUCUUCCCCAGACACCGGUCGCCAGUGUCCUGCUACGCAAACUUCAUCCAGUGCUUCUCUGGGCUACGGUUAUCCAUUUGGAAACCCUUAUUACGGUUGUAGAUUAUCUCAUUCGCACAACGUGAACUUGCAGCAAAAACCCUGCUCAUACCAUCCUGCAGAGAAAUAUGCAGAGCCAAGUACAGCUUUGCCAACGGAAGAACUAUCAAGCCGGGCAAAAGAGUUUGCAUUCUAUCCCAGUUUUGCCAGUUCUUAUCAAGCUGUUCCUGGAUAUCUAGAUGUAUCGGUUGUACCCAGUAUUAGUGCCCAUCCCGAACCUCGGCACGACGCUUUGAUUCCCAUGGAAGGUUACCAGCAUUGGGCUCUGUCUAAUGGCUGGGAUGGGCAGGUGUACUGUUCCAAGGAACAAACACAGUCUUCUCAUCUAUGGAAAUCCCCAUUUCCAGAUGUAGUCCCCUUGCAACCUGAGGUCAGCAGUUAUCGUCGUGGACGCAAGAAGCGGGUUCCUUACACGAAGCUUCAGCUGAAGGAACUAGAGAAAGAGUAUGCAGCCAGCAAGUUCAUCACCAAAGACAAGAGAAGACGCAUCUCCGCCACAACCAACCUUUCUGAGCGCCAGGUUACUAUUUGGUUCCAGAACCGACGAGUGAAGGAGAAGAAAUUUGUCAGUAAAUCCAAGACUAAUAAUCACAUGCACACAACUUGAUUGAUAUCUGGCAAUCCCU